AUGGCAGAGAGGGGAGGACCUGACAUCCGUUCGAUGUUCCCAAGAGGGAAGCCAAUUGAGGUUCCCCUCGUCAAGAGGCUUCGCCCUUCUUCUAAGAAAACGUCGCCCCCGGCUGCAACCACCUCUCAUUCCUCGGCUAAGGGGAAAAGCUCGGGCCUAGGAGCUGCACCUACUGCCGGACCUACCGUGACAUUUCCUCACUUUCCUCCCCCUCCUCCUCCUUCUCGGGAGCCGGUAGCACCGGUUGGUCCCCCAGCUCCGGCGGUGCUUGCCGCCACAGUCCGAAUCACCGUCAACCCUCAGGAUCUGGAGCUGAUUCCAGACACUAUCCGGGGGACCGUCUACGAGACGACGAACUACUCGGUGGAGCAUUUCUACAAGGCCAAGCCCACCGAUCUGAGGGCAAUCGAGGAGAGGAACCCUGAGAACGUGAUGGAAUAUUCUCUCGGGAUGAACCUCACAGUGGUCUUGGCCCUCCACCGCAACAUCUCUCGGGCUAGGUCCAGGAAUGAGGAGAUUAAGGUUGAGCUGACCACGGCCCAAGCUGCUCUUGCCGCAUCGGAGCAGAAUGAGCAGACUGUCAGGGGUGGUGGCUCAAGCGAGUGA